GACGGCGGUCUGAUCGUGAACAUCCUGAAGAGGACGGCCUCCUUCGAGGACCGUGCGGCCACGGCCGGGCCGCCGCUGGCUCAGAGCGUCCGGCUCAACGUGCCCAAGAAGACCAAGCUGUACGUGGACCAGACGCUGCGGGAGCGAGAGAGCGGCGCCGCCAUGCACCGGGCCUUCCAGAUGGACCUGAGCCGCCUGCGCCUGGCCGCCGCCAGCGCAUACGUCAAGGCUCUGGAGUCCAGCCUGACUCCGAUGUCCUGCCGCCUCAGCGAGCCUCUGAAGAUGAACGCCGUGGUGCAGGGCCUCGGUCCGGCCUUCAAACUCACGCUGAACGUCCAGAACACGGCGGCGUGUCGACCCGUCGCCAACCUGGCCGUCAGCUUCCUGUACGACGAGAGUCUGUACCGCAUGCGGACGCCAUACCUGAGGAUCCCGCUGCUGGUGCCCGGCGUCGUUUACCCCGUGGAAACCUUCGUGGAGUGCAGCAGCGACAAGGGCAUCUCUGACAUCAUCAAAGUGUUCGUGCUGCAGGAGGGCAGCAGCGCGCCCCUGCUCAGCGCGCACAUCAACAUGCCUGUGAGCGAGGGGCUGACUAUCAACUGAAAACAAGAAGUUAAUAUCAACAUGCCUGUGAGCGAGGGGCUGACUAUCAACUGAAAACAAGAAGUUAAUAUUAACAUGCCGGUUACUGCGGGGCUGACUAUCAACUGAAAACAAGAAGUUAAUAUCAACAUGCCGGUUACUGCGGUGCUGACUAUCAACUGAAAACAAGAAGUUAAUAUCAACAUGCCGGUAAGUGAGGGGCUGACUAUCAACUGAAAACAAGAAGUUAAUAUCAACAUGCCGGUUAGUGAGGGGCUGACUAUCAACUGAAAACAAGAAGUUAAUAUCAACAUGCCGGUUAGUGAGGGGCUGACUAUCAACUGAAAACAAGAAGUUAAUAUCAACAUGCCGGUUAGUGAGGGGCUGACUAUCAACUGAAAACAAGAAGUUAAUAUCAACAUGCCGGUUAGUGAGGGGCUGACUAUCAACUGAAAACA